UGAGGGGAAGCAAGGGAUUGGUGUCCCCCCACCCUGGCCGCUUCCAUUCGCAUUUGCCCCUUCGCCUCCGCGGCCGGGCUGGUAGAGACCAACAGCGGGGGGGGAGCGGCUACCAUGCAAGCGACGCUGCUGUGGCAGCUGGCGCUGGCGGGAAUAGCCGCCUUUUGGGCGCCGUGGCUAAAUGGCUCGGAAGCUGCCGGCCCGGAGGCGCCUCCUGACUCGACGGCCGCAGUCAGCGCGGAAAAGAGCCUGGUUUGGGGGCCGGGCCUGCGGGCCGAGCUCACCCUGCCCGUCAGGUAUUUCUACAUCCAGGCGGUGGACGGCGAGGGACGCAACGUGACGAGAUCGCCGCCAGGGCAAUUUAAAAUAACAAUCAAACCAGUCUCCCCGAAAGAAGUAAUCCAGAUCCAUGUUCCUAAACUUCUGGCAAGGAAUGAUGGAUCCUUUCUUAUGCGGUAUAGGAUGCACACGAGUGUCAAAAAAGGAUUAGAGGUGGAGAUUCUUUAUGAUGAUGCACAUGUAGCUCAGUCUCCUUAUAUCCUGAAAGGCCCAGUUUAUCAUGAGUAUUGUGACUGUCCAGAGAACAAUGCUCAGAUUUGGGAAAACAGCCUUUCAUGUCCAUCUGAGGAACCUCGGAUUAUUGAGGACUUUGCUGCAUUUCCUAGUAUUGAUCUCCAGCGGAUGUUUAAUGAGGUGCCUCCAAGAUUUGGUCAAAACAUGGGAGCCAUUAUUCAUUAUACAGUUCUUGGUAAUCGCAUAUACCGUCGGUCCUUGGGGAAGUACACAGACUUCAAAAUAUUUUCAGAUGAAAUGUUACUAUCACUAGCACGGAAGGUUCAUUUCCCUGAUGUGGAAUUUUACCUUAAUGUUGCGGACUGGCCUGUUGAACAUCGGAAAGCAAAUGACACCCCCAGCCCUCUACCUAUUCUUUCUUGGUGUGGGUCUCUGGACUCAGCUGACAUAGUGCUUCCAACUUACGAUGUCACACACUCAACUAUUGAAACUUUGCGUGGUGUCACAAAUGACCCCCUGUCCAUUCAAGGAAAUACAGGACCUGUCUGGAAGAACAAAACUGAACAAGCAUUUUUCAGGGGUCGAGACAGUUGUGAAGAACGACUUCAGCUUGUGCAGCUCUCUAAGGAAAACCCAGAGCUAUUGGAUGCUGGAAUAACAAGUUAUUUCUUCUUCAGAGAAAAGGAAAAAGAGCUUGGAAAAGUUCCAUUAAUGGGAUUCUUUGACUUCUUUAAGUAUAAGUACCAAGUGAGCAUUGAUGGCACAGUUGCAGCCUACAGGUUCCCAUAUCUUUUAUUGGGGGACAGUCUUGUGAUCAAGCAGGAUUCACCUUAUUAUGAGCACUUUUAUAUGGACCUUUUACCAUGGCACCAUUAUGUUCCAGUUAAAAGAAACUUGGAAGAUUUGCUGGAAAAAAUAAAGUGGGCCAAGGAAAAUGAUGAUUUUGUUAGAAAAAUUGCUAAGGACGGUCAGGCAGCUGCAAGAGAACUACUGCAGCCACAUCGGUUUUAUUGCUACUAUUUCAAAGUAUUCCAGAAAUAUGCCAAACGCCAAACCAGUAAGCCCGAAAUAAGGGAUGGAAUGGAAUUUGUACCUCAGCCUGAUGAUAGGACUUCAAUUUGUGACUGCCACAGGAAAAAGCCUUCAAAGGAAGAACUAUAAAUGUGCAGAUGGGAUGGUCUCUUGCAACAAUGAUGCGAGACUUUUAAUAUAUUUUAAAGAUAUACAAUCUAGGAUGGAGAAAUACUGUACCUUCAAUGCAGUCCUGUACCCAAAACAGAUAAAGCCCAUUGUAAUGGGAUAUACUGCCAGGUAAGUCUGAAUAGGAUGGCAGACUUGGAAACCUUCAUCACAUGGUUCCUCCUCAGGUUGCUACAUGAAAUGUGAAGCAAGAAUUUAUAAUGUCUGUGGGCAGACCCUUUUAUUCAAGAAGUUUUCCAGCAAGUGACUGGCUGUUGAGAAAGCCUUGGGGGGAUUGA